CUACUUCCUGUGUGUGAUCCAAACACAUGUACGUAUGCUAGCAGCUAGCUUUGGCGAAAAUACUUGUUCAAGUGGUAAUAAGGGCCACUGGAGAUGGUCCACUUCACUAGGAUCUGCUUACGGAAGUAUGGAAACUUUGUGGACAACUUGCGCCUGUAUGUCCGUGGAGGCAGUGGCGGCAUGGGUUUACCCCGUCUUGGAGGACAGGGAGGGAAUGGUGGAGAUGUUUGGGUGGUGGCAUCAAAGAAUGUGACCUUAAAAAGGAUCAAGGACAAAUACCCACAAAAACGUUUUGUAGCAGAAGCAGGAGCGAACAGCAGUGUUCGAGCUCUGAAAGGAGAUGGAGGAAAGGACAAGGAGAUCCUUGCUCCUGUCGGUAUCACAGUCACCACCGAUGAUGGCAGAACACUUGGUGACUUGAAUGUGGAGGGCGAUCGUGUAAUGGUGGCAAAAGGAGGAUCAGGAGGCUGUUUGUACUCUGAGUUUCAGCCCAGUAAAGGCGAGGCUAAACACAUCAGACUGGACCUCAAACUUAUAGCAGACCUGGGUCUUGUGGGGUUCCCAAAUGCAGGAAAGUCCUCUCUGCUGACAGCCUUGUCUAAUGCCACACCUCAGAUUGCCAGCUAUGCUUUCACAACUUUGAAGCCGGAAAUAGGCAAACUGUUAUAUGAGGAUUACAAGCAGAUCUCUGUCGCUGAUCUCCCCGGCUUGAUUGAGGGGGCUCACAUGAACAAAGGCAUGGGCCACAAAUUUCUGAAACAUGUGGAGAGGACCAAACAGCUGCUGUUUGUGGUGGAUGUUUGUGGUUUUCAGCUGGCAAGUAAAACACCAUUUAGGUCAGCCUUCGAAGCUGUGCAGCUUCUCACCAAGGAGUUGGAGUUAUACAAAGAAGAGCUGUUGUCAAAGUCUGCAUUACUGGUGGUGAACAAGAUGGACCUGCCUGAUGCUGAGAACAAGCUAGCAGAGCUGAAAGAGCAACUACAAAACCCAGAAGAGUUCUCUGAUCUGCUGCCUGAAGACAUGAUCCCACAGAACUAUUUGACUUUCAGACACGUGGUUCCCGUUUCUGCCAUCACCGGGUUUGGGAUCAGCCACCUGAAAAGCUGCAUCCGACAAUCCCUCGAUGAAGAUGCAGCCUUGCAAGCUAAUGCAACUCAUCAAGAAAAGCUGCAUGCACUGAGGUACCACUCACAUGGGCAUUUGUGAGGAAUGUGGACAACAUCAAGCAAACUGCAGUGAGAUGGACAGUGAACAGUGAUGGAUGAGUCAAAACAGUGUGUGAAAUGCUGCAGUUUGUAGACAAACAUCCUCCACUGAGACACACCUGUGGCGAUAAGACUGUUCAUCUUCUGUACAUAGAUGUGAUGGAGGUCUCUGCUUGGAGAUGAUCAAAUUCUCACUAACUGAUACAAGCUCCAUCUUUAUUUAUUUAAAAGGGAUGCCUUGUAGAAGACUGAAUAUGUUUUGAAUAUCAUUAAAAUUCAUAUGCUGGUGCAUAAAAUAAUUAUGGUCAAGACAACUACAUUAAAUGGUAAUGUAUUUUCACUUUCAUCCAGUUUCUCAUUAAGAUAUGUUGUAUUUAUUUUUUAUUGCUUUACGUUUUAUGCAUACUCGGGAUUAUAAUCUGUUUUACUUUAAAAGGGAUCAUAAUCUACAAGUCAAACAGCAUGCGGUGUUGCAGAAAACUUGAAACCAGCAAUUGAGACCAUAAACUUGUUAACUGAGGUAGUUUUUUUUCAUAGACCUAUACAGCAUAUACAGAUAACAUCACACAGUUGUUCCAGAUUUGUCGGCUGCACAUCCAUGAUGUGAAUCUUCCAUUUCACCACAUCCCAAAGGUGCUCUAUUAGAUUGAGUUCUGGUGACACUAAUACCCAGUUGGGUAUUAGUGUUUAAACGAGGCUCAGCUGAUACUAAAAAGGCCAAAGUGCGCCAAGAAAACUGGAUGGAUCCAUAUUUUCAUGUCAUUUAUGCCAAAUUCUGACCCUGAAAUCCAAAUGUUGCAGCAGAAAUUGAGACAUAUCAAACCAACCAACAUUUUUACAAUCUUCUGUUGUCCAGUUUUGUUGAGCCUGUGUGAAUUGUUUCCACAGCUUCCUGUUCUUAGCUGACAGGAGUGGCACCCGAUGUGGUCUUCUGCUGCUGUAGCCCAUCUGCUUCAAAGUUUGAUUUGUUGUGCAUUCAGAGAUGCUCUUCUGCAUACCUUGGUUGUAAUGAGCGGUUAUUUGAGUUACCGCUGCCUUCCCAUCAGCUCAAAGAUAUCAGGCCAUUCUCCUCUGGCCUUUUGACAUCAACCAGGCAUUUUCACCCUCUGAACUGCUGCUCACUGGCUAUUUUCUCUUUUUCAGAGCAUUUUCUGUAAACUCUAGAGAUGGUUGUGUGGGAAAAUCCCAGCAGUUUAUGAAAUACUCAGACCAACAACCAUACCACAUUCAAAGUCACUUGAAUCACCUUUCUUCUCCAUUCAGAUGCUCAGUUUGAACUUCAGUAGGUUGUCCUGACCAUGUCUACAUGCAUAAAUGUAUUUACUUGCUGCCAUGUAACUGGGUGAUUAGAUAUUUGCUUUAACGAGCAGAUUAAAAGGUGUACCUAAUAAUAAAGUAGCCAGUAAGGGUAUAUACACUGUAUGAUUGCAACCAGUAGUCGCUCACUCCUGGUAAGAAAGCAGGCUAAUUUAGUCUCCCUGCCUUUGCCUUUACUUUUAAACCUGCACCCUAUGAUCCUCUUACAGUCUGAUUUUUAGAGUUACCCCACAGCUGAAUUCUGUGCUUUUACGCAAAUCAACACAUGUAUAAUUUAACCAUUACUAAAUCUUCCUGUAAAAUUAGAAGUUAGUAGAAAUGUUUGUGCAGACACAUGUGUUGAUGAAAGUUUUAUUUUAUAGUAAAUAUAUUACAAUACUGAAUGAUUAAGAGAAAAAAAAAAAU